AGCGAGGGCAGGCCAAGGCCGGUGUGUUGAGUGGCGGUGAUCUGGAGACGUCCCUCGCACCGUAGCGCUCCGCCAGGCGGCGCUGCGGCGGGCGGGGUGAGGCGUGAUGGGCGGCAGCGCCCUCCCCGCACGCGGGCCUCGGCUCCGGGCGAAGUGCCCGCCGAGCCGGGACGGACGGUGCCGCGGCGCGAUGUUCCCCCUGUGGAGGGCCGUUCUCUCGGAGACCUUACUGGGCUACAUUUCUUGGUCUCUUUACCAUGCACUGCCACCAAUGAUCUAUUACUUCCCUCUUCAGACACUAGCACUCACGGGCCUAGAAUUAUUUGCUGUUGCCUUCUUUUCUCCAGUAUUCUUGAUAUUUGCCCCUCUUUGGAGGUUGGCUAACAACAAGUACAUCCUAGCCCUCCUGAGACUGACUACGGUUGGAAGCUUAGCAUCAUACCAGGCACUAAAUGCUUCCAUCAGACUAUUCGUCUUGGCUGCAGGUGUUUCUACCUCACUGCUGGUUCAAACAGUAACAUGGUGGUCAGGAAACAGUUUACAAAGGUUCAUCAGGAUAUGGGGCUUCAUGCUAGGCAAGAUAAUGCUCCUUGUUCUUCGCAUCUGGUACACAUCACUAAACCCAGUCUGGAGCUCACAAGCUGCCAAUACUGUCAUACUGAUAAUUGGUUUUAUAGCAGCAGUGGAGCGAAUUUAUUCAGGUGGAGACGAGAGGAAACAAGAAGCAAAUAAAACUGGUAAUGCAGUUAAAGAGACUGUUUCCCACCCUCGUUGGCUUUUGUCAGGGGUUGCUUUUGGCAGCCUCCUGUUCCUCACCCUGUGGAUAUUUGGGGAAGUCUCUUUAAUUUCUAGAUGGGCAGUAAGUGGUCAUCCCCAUACAGGUCCAGAUCCUAAUCCAUAUGGAGGUACAGUUCUGUUGGGUCUGGCUCAUGGACUGAUGCUUUCAUUUUGGAGCUGGUCUUCUGUCACCAGUUUUGCCUGGUUUCUUGUAGGUUUAGCGUCUUCUGCUGGGCUCCUUUAUUUACACACCUGGAGUGCUGCUGUUGCAGGCAACAUUCUCGCUGCCUUUACUAUGUGUGUGUGGCCUCAACUGGCUGGACGCUUUAUCAGCUGUCUGCAUCCCGGGAAAGCCAUGAGUACAGCCGUGUUUACCUACGUUCUUGAAUUAUUCUUCUGUGUAUGGUGUACAGCUUAUAAAUUUGUACCUGGAGGAAUUUACGUUAGAGAAAGCUCUCAUCUUCUUUUAGGGUUUAUCAUGUUAUGUAUUGGGGUAGACUUUCUAACAGGACCCAAGAAGGACCUUAGCUCUGUCUUUGAAGUGAAAAGCAACCAAAAGGCACUAUUCAAAAAGAGUAAAAACUAUAUUAAACUACUAUUGUGGCUGUUUGUUGGUGUUGGUUUGCUUGGAUUGGGUCUACGUUAUAAAACUUACCAGAAGAAGUUAGGCCAAGGGGUUCCAAAAAGAGACUUCUCUGCUAUGAUCUGGCCUUUUAGAUUUGGAUAUGACAAUGAUGGAUGGUCUAAUUUGGAAGGAUCAGCUGAUUUGCUUAAUCAGACAGGUGCAGAUUUUAUCACUAUUAUAGAGAGUGAUGCCUCUAAACCAUUCAUUGGGAACAAUGAUCCAACAAUGUGGCUAGGAGAAAGACUAGGAUUUUACACGGAUUUUGGUCCAAGCACAAGAGAUCACACUUGGGGGAUUAUGGCACUAUCAAGGUAUCCAAUUGUAAAAUCUGCCCAUCACCUCCUUCCAUCUCCAGAGGGAGAGAUUGCACCUGCCAUCUCCAUGACUGUCAACUUCACAGGGAAACUGGUUGAUUUUGUUGUUGCCCACUUUGGAAAUGAAGAAGAGGACUUGGACAGAAAACUCCAGGCUAUAGCUGUUUCAAAUCUAUUGAAGACUAGCAGUAAGCAAGUUGUAUUUCUAGGAUACAUCACAUCAGCUCCUGGAUCCAGAGAUUAUACUGAACUAAUAGAAAACGGAAAUGUCCAGGAUAUUGACAGUACAGAUCAUGAGAGAUGGUGUAGCUAUAUUAUGUAUCGUGGAGUUAUAAGGUUGGGCUAUGCCCGCAUAUCUCAUGCUGGCUUAAGUGAUUCAGAAGUCCAGAUGGCCAAAUUUAGGAUCCCAGAUGACUUGGAUAGCUAUAUUGAUAAUGACAAAAUUGUCACUGAUCCCAGCCAAGUUCCCGAGGACAUCCAUUUCAAUCCCAGGUUUGGAUCUUAUAAAGAUGGACAUAAUUAUGAGCAUAUUCAUCACUUUCAUAUGAGCACUCCUAAAUAUUUUAAACGGACAAACUAGAAUGAGAAACCAACAUAUAAUGGAGACCAACAACAAAGGUCAGUUAAAGUUUCUGGGAACAUACAUACAGGAGGAGACAGCAGCCCAUCAGGAGCCCACCAGUUCAUGGCUCAGAAUAAGGAAAGACUCUAGGUGUAAGACAGCAACUUCUGAGGGUAACUGUACCGGAUUCUUCAGCAGGGUGGAGACUCAAGUCUCCUCUUACAUUUACUCCUGCUUUGGGGCUUUGGCUCAGGCAUUUCUCUGUGUGUUGUAAGCUUAGUUUCAGGAGCAGUGGUGGUGUCCCAGAGCACGCUCACACCUGGGAGCUGCAGUUCAAACCUCUGGGGCUAAGAAGGACCUGAAGUUUUUUAAUUCCCAUUUUCAAAAAGGGUGUCGCAGCUACAAGCUUAUUGAACAACAGCUGGGGACACCCUUUGGUUUUGAACUGGAGUUGAUGUUACUGAAACAAGUUGGGUGCAGGUGCCCAGCUCCCACAUGUCCCACUAACACGGAACACGAAAAUGUUCAGGGUGCUCUGCUGUCAAUGAGGGAGCUCUGUGGCCACAGACAAGGGUGCUGGUUGUUUUGAUGCACUUCCAGGGUUUGGGCAGAAAUUCUGAGCUGCUCUCUUAAGCUUGGCUGCUUAGAGCUUCCUAAUUAUGAAUUAAGCAGAUUUUUUUUUUUUUUUUAAUUUCAAACUGAAGCUGAAAAACAAAAGCAACAACCUAUAAACCAAAUUUAGGGAUUUAAAUAUGAACUACCAACAGCUCUGAAACAUUUUUUUUCUCAUGUAUGCAAAAUUACAUUUGUUUGCAGUAUGUUACAAAAAGGACCCUUAAAGUCAUACACCUGUGGAGCAAGUGUUACAAACCUGAUGUUUUUACUUAAACAAGGACCAUAGUAUGAGUCCACGGGACAGGGCGAUGGAAAUGAUCUGACUUACUUGAUGAGGAGUGAUUGGAAAGCAGUUAUAUAAUCUGCAGCUGUUACUUUCUGCCACCUGAGGUCCUCUUUUAUCCCCGAUCAGUACUGUUCUGCUAAUGCCAUGCAAUGCUAUUGAAGUGUUUCUCUUCAUGCUGGGGGUGAAGAAUCUUUUCAGAAGCAUUACAUAAAGCUGUUUGAAUUGUCCUGGGUAUCAGUUACUUUUUCAUAUCUGCAAAGAUUUAGAACUGCAAUUGCUGGGCUUCUGGUAGAUAAUUUGUUUCUUUUCUUACAAUGCCCUGUAUUGUGCUUUGCUGCUGUUUUAUCUGCUUUGUUAACGUUCAGCAAAUUCUACUUUGCGAAUGUUUUUGUUUCAAUACAGUUCCCUCUCUGACUUGUCAAACA